GACUGCAGGUUUAAGAAGGGGAACUGUUCUUAAUCCCAACUGGCAAGCAAGAGGGGGAGAUAUAUCGGGCUACUUUCACUUUAGUGAUUUGAUAAAAUCAUGUCAGUUCCAGCUAUUGGCAUCGAUCUGGGAACAACUUUUUCCUGCGUAGGCGUCUUUCAACAUGGGAAAGUUGAAAUCAUUGCCAACGAUCAAGGUAAUAGGACGACGCCCAGUUAUGUGGCAUUCACGGACACCGAGCGACUCAUCGGAGAUGCUGCAAAGAAUCAGGUAGCACUCAACGCGGCCAAUACGAUUUUUGACGCCAAAAGGCUGAUUGGACGCAAAUUCAACGAUGAGAGUGUGCAGGCGGACAUGAAACACUGGCCAUUUAAAGUCGUCAAUGACGGAGGAAAGCCCAAGUUAGAAGUAGAAUACAAGCAUGAGAAAAAGCGAUUUACACCUGAGGAAAUCAGUUCCAUGGUGUUAACCAAAAUGAAGGAGACAGCAGAGGCUUACUUAGGACAGAAGGUUACGGAAGCUGUUAUUACAGUCCCAGCAUAUUUCAAUAAUGCUCAGAGAGAGGCCACCAAAGAUGCUGGACUGAUAGCUGGGCUCAAUGUUCUGAGGAUUGUGAAUGAACCCACGGCUGCCGCGUUGGCAUACGGACUUGACAAGAACCUUAAAGAUGAGAAGAAUGUGCUAAUUUUCGAUCUAGGAGGAGGAACAUUUGAUGUUUCCAUCCUAACUAUAGACCAAGGCUCCAUGUUUGAGGUUCGUUCUACAGCAGGUGACACUCAUCUGGGAGGUGAAGAUUUUGACAACAGAAUGGUGAACCACUUUGUACAAGAAUUUAAGCGCAAGUACGGUAAAGACAUUUCCAACAAUCAGCGUGCAUUGAGACGACUUAGAUCUGCAUGUGAACGUGCAAAGAGGACACUGUCAAGCAGCUCUGAUGCCAACAUUGAGAUUGACUCCCUCUUUGAAGGAAUAGACUUUUAUAGUAAGAUAACAAGGGCCAGAUUUGAGGACUUGUGUUCCGAUUUGUUCCGUUCUACACUGGAACCUGUAGAAAAAGCACUUAAGGAUGCUAAGCUGGAUAAAUCCAAAAUCCAUGAAGUGGUUCUGGUAGGUGGCUCAACAAGAAUUCCAAAAAUCCAAAAACUGCUGCAAGAUUUCAUGGCCGGUAAGGAAUUGAACAAAUCCAUCAACCCAGACGAAGCCGUGGCUUAUGGUGCUGCCAUCCAGGCAGCCAUUUUAAAGGGAGACACAAGUGAAGCCAUCAAAGACGUUCUUCUGGUAGAUGUCACUCCACUUUCUUUGGGCAUUGAAACUGCUGGAGGAGUCAUGACCAAAAUUAUUGAAAGGAAUGCAAAAAUUCCCUGCAAGGCAUCUCAAACUUUUACUACAUAUGCCGAUAACCAACCAGGAGUGUCCAUUCAGGUAUUUGAGGGUGAAAGAGCAAUGACCAAAGACAAUAACAAACUGGGUAAAUUCGAACUAAAUGGAAUUCCUCCAGCCCCUCGUGGUGUCCCACAGAUAGAAGUGGAAUUUAAUAUAGAUGCGAAUGGAAUCUUGCACGUCUCGGCCAUGGACAAAAGUACAGGGAAAUCCAACAAAAUCACUAUCACUAAUGACAAGGGUCGCCUAAGUAAAGCUGACAUUGACAGGAUGGUGAAUGAGGCAGAGAAGUAUAAAGAUGAAGACGAGAAACAGCGGCAAAAGAUAGCAGCACGAAAUCAGCUGGAGUCGUAUGUUUUCUCUGUCAAACAGGCAGCAGAAGAACACGGAGAUAAACUUCCACCAGAAGAUAAGGAGAAAGCCACCAGCAUUUGCAGUGAAACUUUGUCUUGGCUGGAUAGCAAUGCUCUAGCAGAAACGGACGAGUUCGAGUUCAAGCUAAAAGAAGUGCAGAAAGUGUGUUCUCCGAUCAUGGCAAAACUUCACGGAGGUGGUCAGAGUCAAUCGGGGGGCCCUAGUCAGGGUGGGGGACCCACUGUUGAGGAAAUGGACUAAACCUAUGAAUAAGCGAUUACUUACACAAACUUGUGAUUAAAGCGAUUAUCUACACAAAUUUUAUGUGCCAUAUUUAAUUGGAACCUUUUUUUCAUGAUUGUCCUUAAAAAAAAAUGUUGAAAACCAAGUUGCUUGUUUUGCUUGUUCCAAAUUCUGAUAUUGUAUAGAUGAAAAUGCAUGUUGAGUGUCUUUUUUUUUUUUUAAUGAAUAUUAAAUGGCUUGUAAUUAAAGAUGCAUAUGAUUUUU